GACGCAAUACCGCGCGACGCUCUCAGUAAACCAAAAUAAUUUCGAAAACUCAAUAAUUAAUAAUUACAAACGCCGAAAAUCAAAUUGCAAUAGCGGAAACAUGUCAAAACCAGAGACAGCUACAGUGGAAGCCAGCGAGGAAAACUCUAAUGAGACAACGUCGGAGGCGGCAACAAGCAGCUCGGGUGAAAAAGAGGCCGAGUUUGACAAUAAAAUCGAAUCGGAUCGCAGCCGACGCUUCGAUUAUCUGCUGAAGCAAACGGAGAUUUUUACGCAUUUCAUGACAAAUAGUGCUAAGAGCCCCACAAAGCCAAAAGGACGACCCAAAAAGAACAAAGACAAGGACAAGGACAAAGAUGUCGCCGACCAUAGACACCGCAAAACGGAGCAGGAGGAGGAUGAGGAACUACUCGCCGAGGAUUCGGCAACGAAGGAACUAUUUCGUUUCGACGCCUCGCCCGCUUACAUUAAGGGGGGGGAGAUGCGGGAUUAUCAGGUGCGUGGCUUAAACUGGAUGAUCUCGCUGUAUGAGAAUGGCAUCAACGGCAUCCUCGCUGACGAAAUGGGUCUGGGCAAAACACUGCAGACAAUCUCGCUACUGGGCUACCUAAAACACUUCAAAAAUCAAGCUGGUCCGCAUAUUGUCAUAGUGCCCAAGUCAACGUUGCAGAAUUGGGUGAAUGAAUUCAAAAAGUGGUGUCCAUCGUUGCACGCUGUCUGCCUUAUUGGGGAUCAGGAUACGCGUAAUACGUUCAUACGGGACGUGCUUUUGCCGGGCGAAUGGGAUGUGUGUGUCACCUCGUAUGAGAUGUGUAUACGCGAGAAGUCCGUGUUCAAGAAAUUCAACUGGCGCUACAUGGUCAUCGAUGAGGCGCAUCGUAUCAAGAACGAAAAGUCCAAGUUGUCUGAGAUCUUGCGCGAAUUUAAGACAGCCAAUCGUCUGCUCAUCACGGGCACCCCACUUCAGAAUAAUCUCCAUGAGCUGUGGGCGCUGCUCAACUUUCUGCUGCCGGAUGUCUUCAACUCUUCGGAGGACUUCGAUGAGUGGUUUAACACGAACACCUGCCUAGGCGAUGAUGCGCUUGUCACACGUCUCCAUGCAGUGCUCAAACCAUUUCUAUUACGUCGCCUCAAGGCGGAGGUAGAGAAACGACUGAAGCCCAAGAAGGAAAUGAAGAUCUUUGUGGGUCUCUCCAAGAUGCAGCGCGAUUGGUACACAAAAGUCCUGCUCAAGGACAUUGACAUUGUGAACGGUGCGGGCAAAGUGGAGAAGAUGCGACUCCAAAAUAUUCUGAUGCAGUUGCGAAAAUGCACCAAUCAUCCGUAUCUAUUCGAUGGAGCCGAACCGGGUCCACCAUAUACGACAGAUUCCCAUCUGGUGUACAACUCGGGCAAGAUGGCAAUUCUGGACAAAUUGUUGCCCAAGCUGCAGGAGCAGGGAUCGCGUGUCCUUAUCUUCUCGCAGAUGACACGCAUGCUUGACAUCCUAGAGGAUUAUUGUCACUGGCGCAACUACAACUAUUGCCGCUUGGACGGACAGACGCCGCACGAGGAUCGCAAUCGACAGAUCCAAGAGUUCAACAUGGACAACAGCACCAAAUUCUUGUUCAUGCUGUCUACGCGUGCCGGUGGGUUGGGCAUCAAUUUGGCUACUGCCGAUGUUGUCAUCAUUUAUGACUCGGACUGGAAUCCGCAGAUGGAUCUACAGGCGAUGGAUCGUGCCCAUCGCAUUGGCCAGAAGAAACAGGUGCGUGUCUUCCGGCUGAUCACCGAGAGCACCGUCGAGGAGAAGAUUGUGGAACGGGCCGAAGUGAAGUUGCGACUGGAUAAGAUGGUCAUUCAAGGCGGUCGUCUCGUGGACAAUCGUGCUCAGCUCAACAAGGACGAGAUGCUGAACAUUAUACGUUUUGGAGCCAAUCAGGUGUUCAGCUCCAAAGAGACGGACAUCACGGACGAGGACAUCGAUGUAAUUUUGGAACGUGGCGAAGCGAAGACGGCCGAACAGAAGGCACAGCUGGACAGCAUGGGCGAGUCAUCAUUGCGCACCUUCACCAUGGACACCAACGGCGAGGCGGGCAGUUCAUCCGUCUAUCAGUUCGAGGGCGAGGAUUGGCGCGAAAAGCAGAAGCUAAAUGCGCUGGGCAAUUGGAUUGAGCCGCCGAAGCGUGAGCGUAAAGCGAAUUAUGCUGUCGAUGCCUAUUUCCGGGAGGCGCUCCGCGUCUCCGAGCCAAAGGCACCCAAAGCACCACGUCCGCCUAAGCAACCGAUUGUGCAGGACUUUCAAUUUUUUCCGCCACGCCUCUUCGAGCUGUUGGAUCAGGAGAUCUACUAUUUCCGAAAGACCGUCGGCUACAAGGUGCCCAAGAAUACGGAGCUCGGAUCGGAGGCGAGCAAAGUGCAGCGCGAGGAGCAGCGUAAAAUUGAUGAGGCCGAGCCGCUCAGCGAUGAUGAGAUGCUCGAGAAAGAGUCGUUGCUCUCGCAGGGAUUCACGGCGUGGACCAAGCGUGACUUCAAUCAAUUCAUCAAGGCCAAUGAAAAAUAUGGACGCGACGACAUCGAGAACAUUGCCAAGGAUGUUGAGGGUAAAACGCCCGAGGAGGUCAUCGAGUACAAUGCUGUGUUCUGGGAACGCUGUACCGAACUCCAGGACAUUGAGCGCAUCAUGGGACAAAUCGAGCGAGGUGAGGGCAAAAUCCAACGCCGCCUCUCCAUCAAAAAAGCCCUAGAUCAAAAGAUGGCCCGCUAUCGUGCUCCAUUCCAUCAGCUGCGUCUGCAGUAUGGCAACAACAAAGGCAAAAAUUAUACGGAAAUUGAGGAUAGAUUUUUGGUCUGCAUGCUGCACAAGCUCGGCUUCGACAAGGAGAACGUCUACGAGGAACUGCGUGCCGCCAUACGCGCCUCACCUCAAUUUCGUUUCGAUUGGUUUAUUAAAUCGCGUACUGCGCUGGAAUUGCAACGACGCUGUAAUACGCUGAUUACGCUUAUUGAGCGCGAGAAUCUCGAGCUUGAGGAGAAGGAGCGGGCUGAGAAGAAGAAGAAGACACCGAAGACGCCGGGUGGUGGAGGGGGGAGCAGUAACACAAGCACUCCGGCGCCGACGCCACAGGCCAAGUCGAAUCAGAAGCGCAAGAACGAAGUGGCUGCCACCAGUUCUAACGCUAAAAAGAAGAAGAAGUAAUAAGUAAUCAGAUCAUUAUUCAGUUAAUAACAAUAUUAUAUAUUCAUUAUUAUUAUUAUAUAAUCAAAGCUUCGCACAGCAUUAGUUUGUAGUUGAAAUUGAAAAUCAUGGUUCGAUUUGAGAGCUAAUCGCAUUCAUAUGCAUUGAGUAUGUUUGCAGUUCUUAUCUCCUCCAGUUACACACACACCAUACACACAUACUCCGCACACUCACAGACUAAAAAUUAAUUAAAAAAUUAAAUUUAUUAUAUAUCUAUUAAUAUACUUAUAAAUGCGCGCCGCUGUAUUCUAUUCCACUUAAUUGUAUUUUGCUUUAAGUUUCAAUUUAUUGUAUUUUAAUUUUUAUGUGUAUGGAAAAUAAUGCAACAAACUGAAAAAAA